CACGCACACACACAGUGGGAAAAAGAAAAGAGAAAGCAACAAAUCAAAAAAAAUGUGUGUUGUGUGACCCUCUAUUCGGUAUUCGCCCCCACAUUUCCCUAGAAAAGUAGUAGAAGAAGUAAGUAUAAACAGAGCUGCUAAUAAUAUAUUCGCAUCACAUUUAUCACACGCUAUCCAGUUUUCUCUCUUUUACUUCCUUCUUUCCUCGUGGAGCGUAUGGAGGAAGGAUCCAGAACCACCUCCCGGAAGAGACAGAGAGAAAGUGAUGGGAGUGAAUGCGGCGGAUACGAUGCCGAAGAGGAGGAGGUGGCGUUGACGAAGAAACCGGCUGCUAGUACUCCGGAGAGCACCUCCGACGAUGUCGACGGAGAACGGGAAGAUAUGACGGCGUGGUUUACCGGUCUGGAUGGGGACGCUGUGGCUGAGAUUUUUGACCUCUUGGACUCCUCGGAGCCGGCGGCGGCGGCGUCUCUGCCUCUACAGCCGGUCAAGUUUAUCGACAAUCCUUACUCGUCGCUGGUGAUUUUUCAGUCUUCUUCGGCUUACGUUACCAUCAACGGCAACGAGGAGUCUUGCGGUUCGUCGUUCUCUGACUUGGAUUCAUCGGUAAUGGCGAGCGUUGACAUGGGCGGCGUUCGCGGACUGGUCAGGAGGCUUUCUGGUGAGCUGAAUGUUGGUGGCGGUGGUGCUGAGGAGGAAGAGGAAGGGGCGGCGCGGGGGUGGUUAGAGGAGAGGGAUUUCGUGGAGGGCAUUUUAGUCAAAUCAGUAAGCGAUUGUGAUUUUUUUGGUAGCCCUCCGCCGUCGGGUUAUAACUGCGACGAGAAUGAGGAUCUUGGCGGCGGAGGCGGUUGUGGUGGGGAGGAGGAAAUGUGGAUGAAUUUUGAGGCUGAGGAUUGGUUUGUUGGGUCAUGGUAAAAAAUUCUGACUUUCACUAGGAAACAAACAUUAACCAGCGGCGGUAGUUUUUUGAGGAUUUACUGUAGAAACUAUAACUAGUGGUGGUAAAUUGGUAACAGUUAAAAAGGUUAAUCCAUUUUGGGCAUUUUGAGGUUAACAAAGCGAUUAGGAAGGCGGUUAGGGGUUUUCUACGGAUUUUAGAAAUUGCUUUUGGGGAUCAGCCCACAUUAAUCAAUCUAUGUCUGCAGAUAAUUCUAGAAGUGGCUGUAGCCUGUAGUUAAAAGUAGUAGUAAUUGGUAAAUACAAUACCUUGUGGAGAAACUGCAGUAAACAAGGAAGUAUGAAUGCGGAUUUUCUUACGCUUUUCUUGAAUCAGUGAAAUUUUAGUUUUUGCCCAUUUCCCCCCUUUUUUAUUGACAAAAGAUAAAUCAUUAUAUUGGUUUUAUAAAAUAUGAAUCACCAAUUUAAAGGAUAAUAUUUGUUUGAGAAUAAGCCAAUUUUGGAUGUCUAUCAUCCCUCCCAAGUCUCGCACGUCGAAAAAUAUUUCACCAGUUAUCACUUAUUGAUUGUAGUUAGCUUGUUGUUUUGUUUUAAAGGUGUUUAGUAGUUUUUCUUUUCAAAAUUUUUAAUUUUCUACAAUUACAAUAUUUUUGUUUACACUUUCAUUACACAAUAAUAUUUUCAACGUAAAAGAUGUACACUGAAGUACUGAACAAACGAAAUAAGGAG